ACACCGUGCGUUGGAAAACUGAAACGAGGUAUCGAUUAUGACAAGGCUCUCGAUGCGAUAAACACAUUCAGGAAAGAACUUGUGAACGAGAGAGUUCGGUCCAAAAACACCAAAUUCCCAAAGGAACGAUUGGCUCAAGAAAAAGCUUCUAAAUAUAGACAUGGUGUAUCAGAAGGUAUUCACUUUGUAUUUCGACCUUCAAGCGACGAUUUUAAACUCUUAGAUGAACCUGUAAAGGAAGCACUAAAAGAUUGGGUGAAAAGAAUAGAAAACGGCUUCGAGGAUAGUAGUGUGUCAACGUACGAAUUUUUGGGCACAUAUGACGAAUUCAUACAGGUUGCAUCUGGAUUAACUACAGAUGUUGGCUGCGCAAUGAAACCUUUGUGCAGUUAUCCGGAUAAUAAUAAUGAUGAUGAUAAAAUUGAAAAAAUUGAAGAUUUUUCCGAAAAGAAAAAAAUUUGGGAACAAAGACAUAUCCAGUAUAUCGUUUGCAAAUUCUGGCCGAAGAAAAGCGAUGUUGGAAAUACACCAAACGCGAUUCACUUUGUAAGCUCAACGAUAAAUUCUGUAAAUUCGAUUUGCUUGGGUAAUAUGUUAGGUGUUGUGAUAGGAAAUAAUAUAUCAGAAUGA